AUGUGUAAGUCGUGCUUUAAGGCACUUCUCCAAAAACUAUUUUCAUCCUGCCCCUUCUGCCGCACCCCGGUCUCUUCGUGGGCUUUGGACCAUACUCAUAUAAAUAGUCUUAUCAAUGAGGAACUGUGGCAGAGAAUUCAAGCACAGUAUCCAGAGGAAUGCAAACAGAGGGACCCUGAGGAGGAACAGCCGUCGUGGUGGGUCUUAAGUGAUGCUCUGCCAGCUCAGGUGCUAAGUAAACCCGGGGAAUUGAGGAAAGAAUAUGAAGAGGAGAUGAUGAAGAUGGAGGCUGAGCGCCAGGACACCAUGGAAAGACAAACCAGAGCUUCUGAGGAAUACAUAAGGCAGUUAUUGGCAGAGGACAUGGAGAAGGAAAGGUUAUGGGCAGAAAUGCUCAGAAUGAGAGAACAAAGGCAAAGGGAGGAGGAGGCUAAAAAGUUCAGCAUGGGUGAUUCAGCAACAUCCCCAAGAAAGAAAAAAUGCAAACUAAAACAUUGCGACACGGUUCCAAAGCCUUCCCUUCUUCAGUCUCAGCUUGAGUCAGCCUCACAGUAUGACGCUGUGCAAGAUGGCAAGGAAAUACCUGUGAAAACUGACAGUGAUGGGAAGAGCCUGGGCACUUCGGAAGAUGACGGAGAAAAACCAAGCUGUUCUAAGCACCUCUUUGAUGUCCCACUUAAGAACAUUAAACUAGAAGAAGCUACUGCUCACUCUUCUGCCGAAACAGAGAAUGGAAGCAGUCUAUCAGGCAAGAGCGAGGAAAUUGAAAACAGCACAACUGAGGCAAAAGAUAAAACGUCUCCCCCUUUGAGCAGUAAACAUACUAAUGAAAGAAAGCAUCAGGAAUCUUCAUCUGAAGCAGCUGGUGAGCCUGGCACUUAUCUUGAAAUGUCCCCCAAAUCUUCCUUAGAUGAUGAGGAAACACCCAAUUUUGUCACCAAAAGGCUGAUAGAGUUGGAGCAUAUGUAUUUUGAGAAGCAUCAACAAGAAGACCAAGAUAGAAAAUUGGCAUUGGAGCUUCAAAAAGCAUUUGAUGAAGAAUGGAGAGAAAUGCAGGGUGACUACAAUGCCUUCCCUCCAGAUACUUCAGCAAAAGGAGAGGUUUCCAAAGAUAAGGAUAUCUGA